GUUCGCCUUCGACCACAUCAGUAAAAAGUUGAAAACGCCGGAAAAUAGAGGAAAAAAUGUUCAAGUUGAAUAUUUUAGCUUUUUUACUUGUUGUAAUCAUUUCGACUGUGUUCAGUGCUAUCGAUGUGGAAAUUGAGAAUAAAAACAUUGAUCGCACAAUUGAUCUGACAUCACAAUUAGUAAAAGUUUCAUAUAAGAUCACGUUAGAACAUAAAUCGAAGAAAGCAAUAACAAAUUAUUUGUUUUUGAUUCCUUCGGUUGAUUGUGACAAGCUCUCUUAUGUUUCUGCUCGUGACUCAGCCAAAAAAGAAUUGAAAUUAACACUUUCAAAGACCGCCGAAGAAUGUUCUUAUUCGAUGACGUUGCCGAAUAGUCAAAUACCUAAUCCAGUAAUCUACAUUGAGACAAUCUUUUCUAAAGCACUACAACCUUAUCCGACAGAAAUCACGCAAGCUGAACGUCAACUUGUGAGAUACUUUGGUAAUGCUGUUUUCUAUUCGCCAUUCAAAACAUCAUCGCAAAAAACAACAAUUCAUUUGGCAUCAAGAAAUGUUGAAAGUUUUACUCAAGUUAAACCAUCAGUUCAUUCUGAUACACAAAUCGUUUAUGGUCCUUAUGAAAACAUUCCAGCUAAAACUCAAAAUGAAAUUGUUGUUCAUUACGAAAACAACUCUCCGUUUAUGGUCGUAACACGUUUAGAGAGGACAAUCGAAGUUUCACAUUGGGGAAAUGUUGCUGUAGAGGAAACCAUCGAUAUUUUGCAUUCUGGUGCUUUGUUAAAAGGUUCAUUCUCACGAUAUGAUUACCAGAAAGACUCACGAAGUGGUCCAGCCAGUGUAAAGUCAUACAAAACUAUUUUGCCGGCAUCAGCAACAGGAGUUUAUUAUCGCGACACAAAUGGAAAUAUUUCUACAUCAGCUAUGGUAACAUUGAAAGAUUCGGUGGAAUUAGAUUUACGCCCACGCUUCCCAUUAUUCGGAGGAUGGCGAACACACUACACAAUUGGCUAUAACGUUCCAAGCUUUGAAUAUUUAUUCCAUAAUGGCGAUUCUUACAUGCUUAAAAUGCGUCUGAUUGAUCAUGUUUUUGAUGAUAUGAUUGUCGAUGAACUGGUGACAAAAAUCAUUCUUCCUGAAGGCACUAAAAACCUUAAACUCAUCACACCUUACUCAGUCGAACGACAACCUGACACCUUACAUUUCACCUAUUUGGAUAUCACUGGUCGUCCAGUCAUCACAUUCCGAAAAACAAAUUUAGUUGAAAACCACAUCAACGAUUUCAACAUUAAAUAUAAUUUCUCUCGCAUUAUGAUGUUGCAAGAGCCUCUUCUAGUUGUAGUUUUCUUAUAUCUUUUCUUCUUAUUUGUCAUCAUCUGGAUGCGACUCGACUUUUCCAUCAUCAAAGAACGUGAGCGUCUUCAUAAAGAUUAAAUAUCUAACAUAAUUUUCCAUUUGAAAAAAGAAGCUUUGUUUUAUUUAGUUUGAAGCAUUGUCACUUGUAAUCUAAUAAAGCUCUGUUUGGAUUCAUCAUCAUCCUUAGAAGAAGAAGAAGUAGAAAAAGCGUGAAAUGUUUUAACGCAAAAUCUCAAUAAAUCACCAAAUACGAACAAAAACAAUUUGUUUUUCGUUGCUUCUUAAUUAUAGUUUUUGUUCAUCGAUAAAAAUUUGAAUGAAAAAUAAAACAGAGAAUGAAGAUGUAUAAAAAGAA